AUGUCCCUUUGUUUUCGUGACGAAUCCCCAGACGUCGCGACGUACGAAAAUUAUAGUCAAAGGGUAAAGGAUUGGCAUGAGCAUAAGCCGAUCUCGUUCACACCAAUGUACUAUCGUGGGCGAUCAGUUGUGGAUGGUCGAUAUUUCCCUGAGAUUUGGUUAUCAGAUCCGUGGCAUGCUACCGCGUGGCAAUACUAUCAUCUCUCAAAGAUCUUGCUUGCACUCUACAAUCCACAUCUUCAGCGCCCAGCUGCAGGCUUAAAAUAUCAGCGAGCUCAUAAUCAGCUCGAGCGUGAUGUACUUGAACAUGCAAGAAUUGCAUGCGGCAUCGCAAGUUCGAACGACUUUGUCACGACGCGUUUCACCUUAUGUGCUAUCAUGCUUACCUGUGGUGGGUGGUUCAAAGACCCGCAGGAGCAAGAAGCUAUCAUUCAAUUACUCUCGGCAACGGGCAAAGAAACUGGCUGGCCAACUAAAUCCGUCAUUGACGCUCUUAAAGAAAGUUGGGCAGUGGAAUAA